AUGCGGAAUGAAGGGUCCAUUUUGAAGAAGGGUCCCCAGUUCUCCCCAUAUUCUCCAUCAGUGCAAGAUACAACCACUGCUUCGGAGACCUCUUCGCCCCACACAAUAAGCACCACAGCAGAAGAAAGUACCACAGGAAAAUCCCCGACCACUGCAAUUCCAACUACAGUAGAGCCCUGUCAGACAGGCCGUGCCACCUGCAGUGCCUCAGGAGACCCGCAUUACUACACGUUUGAUGGCAGAGUUCACCAUUUCAUGGGAAACUGCACUUACACCCUCUCCAAAGUCAGCAACGACUCCAGGGAGCUUCCACCCUUUGACGUGUCCACCACCAAUGAGCACAGGGGCUCCAAUACCAAAGUUUCCUAUGUAAAGGCAGUGCACGUGGAUGUCUAUGGAAGCCAGAUUUCCUUGCUGAAGAACAGGAAAGUGAAUGUGAAUGGCACCAGAAGGAACCUGCCUGUGGUGAUUGAAAACAAGAUCAAGGUCCAGAUCAGCGGGGGCUAUGUGCUCUUGGAAACUGAUUUCGGACUCUGGGUCAGAUUUGACGGCAAUCACUAUGUGGAGGUCGCAGUGUCCAGCUGUUACAAGGGGCAGCUCUGUGGUCUGUGUGGUAAUUACAAUGGUGAUGCAAAGGAUGACAACAUAAAGCCAAAUGGCAGCACUGCAGGAGAUUCCACUGAGCUUGGAGACAGCUGGCUAGUGGCAGAGAAUAACACCAUAUGCUCCCCUCAGCCAGUACCAGACUGUGACCCCCUGCUGGAGAGCGAAGCGAGGAAGAACACAGCCUGUGGCAUCAUCACCGACCCCGCAGGUAUCUUCAAGGACUGCCACGCCACAGUAGCUCCAGAGAAUUUCUUGGAAAACUGUGUUUACGACAUGUGUCAGACUGAGGGACAGACAGUGUCCCUAUGCAAUGGGCUGCAGGCGUAUGCAGAGUCGUGCACAAAUGCUGGGAUCUGCAGAGAAUGGAGAAAUAAUACUUUCUGCCCAAUCUCCUGUCCAGCAGGAAGCCAGUACGAGAGCUGUGGGAGCAGGUGUCCUGCCACCUGCGUGAUUCCCUCUGCAUUUAGCCCUUGCAGCUCCUUACCAGUGGAAGGCUGUUUCUGUAAGGAAGGCUACGUUCUGAGUGGAGACACCUGUGUGCCGGAGAGCAGCUGCGGUUGUGUGGAUGGAAACAACCACUAUCAUCAGCUGGGUGAAAACUGGUUCACACACGACGCCUGCACCGAGCGCUGCACCUGCAACAGCAAAAACAACAUCACGUGCACAGGCUGGGAGUGUGGAGCGCAGGAGAUAUGCAGUGUUCAGGAUGGGGUUCUGGGUUGUCACCCCAUUGGAGAAGCCCCGAUUACUUCAAGUCCAACUACAAUAGGCACCAGUCCAUCAGAGUCUACAACAGUGCAAGAUACAAUCCCUGCUUCGGAGACCUCUUCGCCCCACACAAUAAGCACCACAGCAGAAGAAAGUACCACAGGAAAAUCCCCGACCACUGCAAUUCCAACUACAGUAGAGCCCUGUCAGACAGGCCGUGCCACCUGCAGUGCCUCAGGAGACCCGCAUUACUACACGUUUGACGGCAGAGUUCACCAUUUCAUGGGAAACUGCACUUACACCCUCUCCAAAGUCUGCAACGACUCCAGGGAGCUUCCACCCUUUGACGUGUCCACCACCAAUGAGCACAGGGGCUCCAAUACCAAAGUUUCCUAUGUAAAGGCAGUGCACGUGGAUGUCUAUGGAAGUCAGAUUUCCUUGCUGAAGAACAGGAAAGUGAAUGUGAAUGGCACCAGAAGGAACCUGCCUGUGGUGAUUGAAAACAAGAUCAAGGUCCAGAUCAGCGGGGGCUAUGUGCUCUUGGAAACUGAUUUCGGACUCUGGGUCAGAUUUGACGGCAAUCACUAUGUGGAGGUCGCAGUGUCCAGCUGUUACAAGGGGCAGCUCUGUGGUCUGUGUGGUAAUUACAAUGGUGAUGCAAAGGAUGACAACAUAAAGCCGAAUGGCAGCACUGCAGGAGAUUCCACUGAGCUUGGAGACAGCUGGCUAGUGGCAGAGAAUAACACCAUAUGCUCCCCUCAGCCAGUACCAGACUGUGACCCCCUGCUGGAGAGUGAAGCGAGGAAGAACACAGCCUGUGGCAUCAUCACCGACCCCGCAGGUAUCUUCAAGGACUGCCACGCCACAGUAGCUCCAGAGAAUUUCUUGGAAAACUGUGUUUACGACAUGUGUCAGACUGAGGGACAGACAGUGUCCCUAUGCAAUGGGCUGCAGGCGUAUGCAGAGUCGUGCACAAAUGCUGGGAUCUGCAGAGAAUGGAGAAAUAAUACUUUCUGCCCAAUCUCCUGUCCAGCAGGAAGCCAGUACGAGAGCUGUGGGAGCAGGUGUCCUGCCACCUGCGUGAUUCCCUCUGCAUUUAGCCCUUGCAGCUCCUUACCAGUGGAAGGCUGUUUCUGUAAGGAAGGCUACGUUCUGAGUGGAGACACCUGUGUGCCGGAGAGCAGCUGCGGUUGUGUGGAUGGAAACAACCACUAUCAUCAGCUGGGUGAAAACUGGUUCACACACGACGCCUGCACCGAGCGCUGCACCUGCAACAGCAAAAACAACAUCACGUGCACAGGCUGGGAGUGUGGAGCGCAGGAGAUAUGCAGUGUUCAGGAUGGGGAGCUGGGUUGUCACCCCAUUGGAGAAGCCCCGAUUACUUCAAGUCCAACUACAAUAGGCACCAGUCCAUCAGAGUCUACAACAGUGCAAGAUACAACCCCUGCUUCGGAGACCUCUUCGCCCCACACAAUAAGCACCACAGCAGAAGAAAAUACCACAGGAAAAUCCCCGACCACUGCAAGUCCAACUACAGUAGAGCCCUGUCAGACAGGCCGUGCCACCUGCAGUGCCUCAGGGGACCCGCAUUACUACACGUUUGAUGGCAGAGUUCACCAUUUCAUGGGAAACUGCACUUACACCCUCUCCAAAGUCUGCAACGACUCCAGGGGGCUUCCACCCUUUGACGUGUCCACCACCAAUGAGCACAGGGGCUCCAAUACCAAAGUUUCCUAUGUAAAGGCAGUGCACGUGGAUGUCUAUGGAAGUCAGAUUUCCUUGCUGAAGAACAGGAAAGUGAAUGUGAAUGGCACCAGAAGGAACCUGCCUGUGGUGAUUGAAAACAAGAUCAAGGUCCAGAUCAGCGGGGGCUAUGUGCUCUUGGAAACUGAUUUCGGACUCUGGGUCAGAUUUGACGGCAAUCACUAUGUGGAGGUCUCAGUGUCCAGCUGUUACAAGGGGCAGCUCUGUGGUCUGUGUGGUAAUUACAAUGGUGAUGCAAAGGAUGACAACAUAAAGCCGAAUGGCAGCACUGCAGGAGAUUCCACUGAGCUUGGAGACAGCUGGCUAGUGGCAGAGAAUAACACCAUAUGCUCCCCUCAGCCAGUACCAGACUGUGACCCCCUGCUGGAGAGUGAAGCGAGGAAGAACACAGCCUGUGGCAUCAUCACCGACCCCACAGGUAUCUUCAAGGACUGCCACGCCACAGUAGCUCCAGAGAAUUUCUUGGAAAACUGUGUUUACGACAUGUGUCAGACUGAGGGACAGACAGUGUCCCUAUGCAAUGGGCUGCAGGCAUAUGCAGAGUCGUGCACAAAUGCUGGGAUCUGCAGAGAAUGGAGAAAUAAUACUUUCUGCCCAAUCUCCUGUCCAGCAGGAAGCCAGUACGAGAGCUGUGGGAGCAGGUGUCCUUCCACCUGCGUGACUCCCUCUGCAUUUAGCCCUUGCAGCUCCUUACCAGUGGAAGGCUGUUUCUGUAAGGAAGGCUACGUUCUGAGUGGAGACACCUGUGUGCCGGAGAGCAGCUGCGGUUGUGUGGAUGGAAACAACCACUAUCAUCAGCUGGGUGAAAACUGGUUCACACACGACGCCUGCACCGAGCGCUGCACCUGCAACAGCAAAAACAACGUCACGUGCACAGGCUGGGAGUGUGGAGCGCAGGAGAUAUGCAGUGUUCAGGAUGGGGUGCUGGGUUGUCACCCCAUUGGAGAAGCCCCGAUUACUUCAAGUCCAACUACAAUAGGCACCAGUCCAUCAGAUUCUCCAUCAGUGCAAGAAACAACCCCUGCUUCGGAGACCUCUUCGCCCCACACAAUAAGCACCACAGCAGAAGAAAGUACCACAGGAAAAUCCCCGACCACUGCAAUUCCAACUACAGUAGAGCCCUGUCAGACAGGCCGUGCCACCUGCAGUGCCUCAGGGGACCCGCAUUACUACACGUUUGACGGCAGAGUUCACCAUUUCAUGGGAAACUGCACUUACACCCUCUCCAAAGUCUGCAAUGACUCCAGGGAGCUUCCACCCUUUGACGUGUCCACCACCAAUGAGCACAGGGGCUCCAAUACCAAAGUUUCCUAUGUAAAGGCAGUGCACGUGGAUGUCUAUGGAAGUCAGAUUUCCUUGCUGAAGACCAGGAAAGUGAAUGUGAAUGGCACCAGAAGGAACCUGCCUGUGGUGAUUGAAAACAAGAUCAAGGUCCAGAUCAGCGGGGGCUAUGUGCUCUUGGAAACUGAUUUCGGACUCUGGGUCAGAUUUGACGGCAAUCACUAUGUGGAGGUCGCAGUGUCCAGCUGUUACAAGGGGCAGCUCUGUGGUCUGUGUGGUAAUUACAAUGGUGAUGCAAAGGAUGACAACAUAAAGCCGAAUGGCAGCACUGCAGGAGAUUCCACUGAGCUUGGAGACAGCUGGCUAGUGGCAGAGAAUAACACCAUAUGCUCCCCUCAGCCAGUACCAGACUGUGACCCCCUGCUGGAGAGCGAAGCGAGGAAGAACACAGCCUGUGGCAUCAUCACCGACCCCACAGGUAUCUUCAAGGACUGCCACGCCACAGUAGCUCCAGAGAAUUUCUUGGAAAACUGUGUUUACGACAUGUGUCAGACUGAGGGACAGACAGUGUCCCUAUGCAAUGGGCUGCAGGCAUAUGCAGAGUCGUGCACAAAUGCUGGGAUCUGCAGAGAAUGGAGAAAUAAUACUUUCUGCCCAAUCUCCUGUCCAGAAGGAAGCCAGUACAACAGCUGUGGGAGCAGGUGUCCUGCCACCUGCGUGAUUCCCUCUGCAUUUAGCCCUUGCAGCUCCUUACCAGUGGAAGGCUGUUUCUGUAAGGAAGACUACGUUCUGAGUGGAGACACCUGUGUGCCGGAGAGCAGCUGCGGUUGUGUGGAUGGAAACAACCACUAUCAUCAGCUGGGUGAAAACUGGUUCACACACGACACCUGCACCGAGCGCUGCACCUGCAACAGCAAAAACAACAUCACGUGCACAGGCUGGGAGUGUGGAGCGCUGGAGAAAUGCAGUGUUCAGGAUGGGGUGCUGGGUUGUCACUCCUCUGGAGACGCCCUGACUACUUCAAGUCCAACUACAGUAGGCACCAGUCCAUCAGAUUCUACAACAGUGCAAGAAACAACCCCUGCUUCGGAGACCUCUUCGCCCCACACAAUAAGCACCACAGCAGAAGAAAGUACCACAGGAAAAUCCCCGACCACUGCAAGUCCAACUACAGUAGAGCCCUGUCAGACAGGCCGUGCCACCUGCAGUGCCUCAGGGGACCCGCAUUACUACACGUUUGACGGCAGAGUUCACCAUUUCAUGGGAAACUGCACUUACACCCUCUCCAAAGUCUGCAACGACUCCAGGGGGCUUCCACCCUUUGACGUGUCCACCACCAAUGAGCACAGGGGCUCCAAUACGAAAGUUUCCUAUGUAAAGGCAGUGCACGUGGCUGUCUAUGGAAGUCAGAUUUCCUUGCUGAAGAACAGGAAAGUGAAUGUGAAUGGCACCAGAAGGAACCUGCCUGUGGUGAUUGAAAACAAGAUCAAGGUCCAGAUCAGCGGGGGCUAUGUGCUCUUGGAAACUGAUUUCGGACUCUGGGUCAGAUUUGACGGCAAUCACUAUGUGGAGGUCGCAGUGUCCAGCUGUUACAAGGGGCAGCUCUGUGGUCUGUGUGGUAAUUACAAUGGUGAUGCAAAGGAUGACAACAUAAAGCCAAAUGGCAGCACUGCAGGAGAUUCCACUGAGCUUGGAGAGAGCUGGCUAGUGGCAGAGAAUAACACCAUAUGCUCCCCUGAUGAAGUAGUAGUCUGUGACCCCCUGCUGGAGAGCGAAGCGAGGAAGAACACAGCCUGUGGCAUCAUCACCGACCCCACAGGUAUCUUCAAGGACUGCCACGCCACAGUAGCUCCAGAGAAUUUCUUGGAAAACUGUGUUUACGACAUGUGUCAGACUGAGGGACAGACAGUGUCCCUAUGCAAUGGGCUGCAGGCAUAUGCAGAGUCGUGCACAAAUGCUGGGAUCUGCAGAGAAUGGAGACAUAAUACUUUGUGCCCAAUCUCCUGUCCAGGAGGAAGCCAGUACGAGAGCUGUGGGAGCAGGUGUCCUGCCACCUGUGUGACUCCCUCUGCAUUUAGCCCUUGCAGCUCCUUACCAGUGGAAGGCUGUUUCUGUAAGGAAGGCUACGUUCUGAGUGGAGACACCUGUGUGCCGGAGAGCAGCUGCGGUUGUGUGGAUGGAAACAGCCACUAUCAUCAGCUGGGUGAAAACUGGUUCACACACGACACCUGCACCGAGCGCUGCACCUGCAACAGCAAAAACAACAUCACGUGCACAGGCUGGCAGUGUGGAGCGCUGGAGAAAUGCAGUGUUCAGGAUGGGGUGCUGGGUUGUUACUCCCCUGGGAGAGCAUCCUGUCAGGUGGCAGGAGAUCCCCACUACUUCACCUUUGACAAGGUGAUGCACACCUUCUUGGGCACAUGCACCUACACCCUGCUCCAAGUCUGCAACAGCAACAGUGUUGUUCCUGUGACCAUCAGUGGCAAAAACGAAGAUCGAGGACAGAGAGGGGCCACGUAUCUCAAAGAGGUUUACAUUGACAUCUAUGGCAACCGAAUCACCCUUCAGAAGAAUAAGGCGAUCCUGCUCAAUAAGGAGAGAGUCCGAACUCCGGUAAAGAACCGAUUACGAGGCGUGUCCAUAGGAAAUGUGGGCAUUUACAUGGUGGUGGAAACUGACUUUGGACUGCUAGUGAAAUAUGAUGGAAAUCAGCACUUGGAAAUCAGCCUCCCAGAAUCUUACUUCUCCAAGGUAUGUGGCAUGUGCGGUAACUAUAACGGCCAGCGUGGGGAUGAGCUGCUUAUGCCCAAUGGUGUGCAGGCCAAGAACAUCACGCAGUUUGGAAACAGCUGGAAAGUGCAAGCUGACAGUGACACGGGCUGCUUGCCAGACACACGAGACGAGCUGGGCCCACCUUGCACCGCAGAGGAGAAGCCAGGCAUUGAAAACCAGUGCAAUGUUUUAAAGUCGGACACCUUCAAACCAUGUCACCAUCUGAUUGAGCCUGACCUCUUCAUCCAGACCUGCAUCUAUGACAUGUGUAAAUACGAUGGCAUGCUGUCCACUCUCUGUGCCAUCACACAGGCCUACGUGGACACCUGCAAGAAGCAAGGAGUCAUCAUUAAAUGGAGGACCAACACAUUCUGCCCAUUGCCUUGUCCAUCCAAUAGCUAUUACACUGACUGUGCGUCUCCCUGCCCAGCUACAUGUAAUAAUAUUUAUGCAUCCUCCCUCUGUGAAAAGCCAACAGAAUGCACAGAAGGUUGUGUUUGCAAUGAGGGUUACGUGCUUAGCGAUGACCAGUGUGUACCACUGAGCGAGUGUGGCUGCAGAGACGAUGAAGAUAACUACUACAGCGCCGGGGAGAGCUGGAUAAAACCCCACUGCACCCACAAAUGCACGUGUCAGAAGGACAAUACCAUCAAGUGCCAGGCCUAUGGCUGCGAUGCUUGGGAGGUCUGUUUCCUCAACAACAAGGGGAAAUACAAAUGUAAACCGACAGGCUUUGGGAAGUGCCUCGUCAUUGGAGAUCCACACUACCUGACAUUUGAUGGCUUGAUGCAUCACUUCCAAGGCAAAGAUACGUACGUGCUGUCUCAGACUGUCUCCAGCAUCCCCGACCGCCUGCCAUCCUUCAGCAUUGAAGGAAAGAACAAGCUUUUCCCUAGAGUGGCCCACAUUUCUUUCCUCCAGGAGAUCCGUGUCAGUGUUUACAAUCACACAGUGUGGUUCAGGCAGAAGAAGCAGCUUGUGGUGGAUGGAGUGAAAACCAUUCCCCCUGCCCAGCCUCAUGAAGGUCUUCGCAUAUACCAGAGACCAACGAGAAUUUACAUGGAGACAGAUUUUGGCUUAUCGCUCAGCUAUGAUGGUGCUGAAAACUUAGAUAUAACCCUGGCCAACACCUACAAGAGCAAAGUCGAAGGCUUGUGUGGCAACUUUGAUGGGAAGUAUAAAAACGACUUUACCAAGCCGGAUGGCACUCGCGUGAGGGACGUGGAUGUGUUUGGGGAGAGCUGGAAAGUCCCCGUCACAAGAACAGUCUCCCGGCGCAGGCGAGAAGUCAUUUCAGACGAGGAGCUUGACAAUGUCGAGUUAAACACAGGGGUCGCCAGAGGCUGCAAUCCCAGUGAGCUGAGCCUUGUGAACUCCACUUCUAAGUGUGGGAUUCUCACCGAUCCAAAAGGUCCCUUUGGAAAGUGUCAGUCCAAUGUCUCCGUCGAGUUCUUCCAGAUGGGCUGUGUCUUUGACCUGUGUGUGGAAGCUGAGAACAACGAUGUGCUGUGUCGGCACCUGGAGCAGUACGCGCUGGCCUGUCAGGAGAACGGGAUCGCAUUGGAAAACUGGAGAGCACAGACGCCUUGUGAGAUGCAGUGUCCCACAAACAGCAAGUACAGCAGCUGCAUGACUGCAUGCCCUGAUUCCUGCAGCAACCUGGCAGCCUCCUCUGAGUGCGAGUCGCCCUGUGUCGAAGGCUGCGAAUGCCUCCCUGGAUACGUUCUCAGUGGCUAUGACUGCGUGCCCUACAAGGAGUGUGGCUGCAGCUUCCUCAACACAUAUUAUAAGGCUGGAGAAAUGUUUGUGACUGACGACUGCUCUCAGACUUGUGAGUGCACAACAAGUUCCAGCGUUGCCUGCACCAGGGCAGCGUGUACACGCAGCAAGAUCUGCGCCAUCGCUAACUUCACUCGCGGAUGCUACAUACCUGGCCCGUGUCUGCAGAAUAUUUGCGAGAAUGGUGGGACUUGUAUUGAGGACAGCAACAGCUCUUCCAACUUCAGCUGUGUGUGCCCUGACGGAUACGAGGGGCCUCUCUGUGAGGCUGAGACACCGGACGAGCCACCUGAACCUGACAACAAUCUGGUCUACAUCAUUGUGGGAGUUUUAGCAGGAAUCAUCGUCCUCGCUGUGAUCGUCUCCCUGGUUGUGUGCAGAUCCAAGUUGAGAAUGAACAGGAAAAAGUCAGUGGAAUUCCCCAGAAGGAGGAAUUCGUCUUUGACCCAGUCAAGGGAUGCGCUGGACCAGAACUCUCACGUGCCAGACUAUAGCGUCAUGAUCAAUCCUGCAUUUGAUCGGGAUGAAAAUCAGUCACGUUUUCAUUAGUGGCAUUUUUCUCUUCCAUUUGAUUUUUUUUUUUUUGCUGUUGUAGUCUAAUAAGUGUUUCUAACCCUUUCCUAAGCAAUAAUAGUUUAUAAUAAUAAAU